AUGGACGCCCAAGAAGCCAUUGUCGCCAACGCAGGCUACCACACACGCCUCCUAAACACUAUCGCGGAACUCGAGUAUGUGCCAGUGGCCAAGAAGAACCAGUCGAGUUACAUCAAAGAUCUGGAGAAUCAGGUAUCUGCGAGUCAACAAAGGAUUAUACGGCUAGCGGAGAAGACGAAGAAGGAACGGAAAGAGCAUGAGGCACUUCGAGAUGCAACCACGAAGCGGUUUGCGCACAAGCUUUUGGGAAAGAGAGAAAAAUUUGAGGCGAGAGAAAGCAAAGAGGAGCGGGAGUAUGUUGAAGCCUUGGAGCGGGAGAUGACCGAAAGAGAUAAUCUAGUGAACAUCCAGCAGCUUCUUGAUAGCGCUAAGAGCGUGAUGUCAGAUUUACAGCAAAAGCAAAUGCUGUACGAAUCAGCUCAAGCAGAACUGCAAGCUCUGUAUGCACGGGUAUUUGAUGGACCCUCCGAAGCUUUUCCAGAAGAUGAUCGUUUAGAGUAUGAUCUGGAAACUGUAAAAAGACAAUACGGAGAAAUCCAAGCAAAUCUUAACGCUGAAAGUCGAGCAGCCGAGCUACUGGCGAGAGCGGCGAAGGCAAUGGAUCUUUGCCAGAAGAACAUGCAAGAAGCAUUAGGGUAUUCUCGUUACGAUAUGUGGGGCGGUGGAACAAUGGCCGAUAUGAUGGAGCGAAACGCAUUGCGAAAUGCACAAUCUAACGCUUUCCAAGUAGAAAUGCUAGUUGAUCAAGCUGUACGGGAGUCACCAGCGGUUCAGCCAGUCGGGCGCGUCAAUAUAGCUCAAGGAUCCAUCGUGAGCGAUGUUUUCUUCGACAAUAUUUUUACAGAUAUGGCGUUCCACAACAAAAUCAAGCAAUCGGCUGCACAGGUUCUUUUAGCAAAUCAAAGGCUGAAAAUUGAGGUCGAUGCUGCACGUCGACGAGCCGACGCGGCAGGAGCGCGAUUAAUGCGUGUUGCCGAGACACUAGAUGCAAGAAGAAGGGAGCUAGAUAGCUUCAGGAGAGCCACUUUUGAGAGUUACGCUGCGCAGAACCCUCCACCUCCAAGCUACGAUGUGGUGACCAAUAACCCGAGCACACUGAGAUUCCCAGAGCCUGGUCAUCAUGACGGAGCCACUCUAAGUCAUGCACCUGUGACGUCCGAUCCUCCCCCGUUUCCUACAGCUCACCGUGAACCUGAACGCGAGCCUGCACCUAUACGAUCAAGUUCACCCGGUGAACUGGACCGGAUGCCAGAGGCAAGGCCCUUGGAAUGGGGAAGCAGAAACCCGUAUGCAUUGGCAAUGGCUGAACAGACCAGGCGAUUAUCGACUGACUAA